AUGGCCACGUGUGAAGUUUGUGGAGAUGGUUUCGCAGACGAUGCGGAAAAACACUUGUGCUCCCCGAGCCGAGACUCUUGCUCGCACGUGUGCCACGCGGAUUGCUUGCAGCAAUACCGAUUAAAGCAGGGCUGCCCUAUGCAUGACUGCCCAUUCUGUCUUCAGAAUGAAGAUUCCCAGGAAGAGGCUGAUGAUGCCGCUUUGCAAGAGAUGGAGAUUGAGGCAGCAAUGGAAGCAGAGGCUGUGGCUGAGGGGGUAAAAAGAAAGACCAGAGAAGAGGCAGCUUCGCCUGUCCGUGCGGGUGGGGGCCCAGCGGGCAAGAAGUUAGCAACCAACGCAAGCCCGCCAGCAGGACAACGCAGCCCAGUGCCGCCCACCCAAAGGUCCCCAAGCCCAGAAAGCCCUCCCUUCACACAGGGUGGAAGUGAAGCAGCCCGCUUGUCCAUUCCAAGCUUUGGGAUUGACAUCUACGACGACCUGAGUCGGACCAGCAAGGCAUCUACCACGGUGAAGGAUCCUAUGCACGACGCCAUGUCGGAGUACUUGGCUUGCAGGGAUGAAGCACAAAGCCUUUCGUUGCUUCACACCAAGAGCACAUAUCAAGGGCUUGGAAGCCCAGAGGCUUCUUAUCAAACCGUUCUGAAUGCAGCCUUGAAAGACCCCAGGGACCACCGCGCUGUGGCAUCAGACUUUGCCUUCAGAACUCGAGAAGUGCUGCCCGUGCCUUUCGAAGUCAGCUUGAGAACCAUUGCCCGCAAGGAAGGUUGUGAGCCUGAGACAUUCAUGGCGCCGAUCCUCAGCAACAUUGGCACGCGGCUUCGAUUGCAGCCUGAUGAGGAGCACCGACGUGGCUGCGUAGUCCAGAUUGUUUGCGCAGGUGACCCCAGCAUGCGCAAGAGUUAUUUGAAGGAUUUUACCUGCAAAAAGCUUCUUUCCCAUGCAGAUGUCCCUGCUGUCAUCAAGGCAGGUGGCGCCACAUGCACGGAUGCCACCAUCAAGGGUCUUCGUGCUUCUAUCAAGAAUAUGCCCGAGCUGGCAUCAUUUCGGAUGAGAUUGCCACAACAAUAUGCCAUGACAUCCGGGAGGGAGACCCGACACUCAGGUCUGCAUUACGGCAACAAAGAAAAGAUGUGCACUUGGCUGAACUGCGAAGAUGACAAGACAGUCACUGGAGAUGGUGCCACGGCGCUGACUCAUUACACCUUCGUUCACCAAGUGUAUGGACAGGUGUCGCUUUGUGAGUAUGUGCUCCAGCCGACUGCAAGCAUGUUUUGCAAGAGAAUCCAUGCGACGUGGCAAACAAGGCCAGUGACAAGUGACCCUGAUCAGCAGAGCCAGUCCAGCAAAGAGUUCCUGAUUGACUUCUUUGGUUGGAUGGGGCGCGUGGCAAGCAACCAGGACAAAGACCACUAUUUUGACAAGUUCGCCUUGCCCGUGCUCAGGAAGGCUUUGCAGGGCCCGAGCGCGUUGGCCCUUGAUAGGAUCAUAGAUGAGUUUGCCGUUGAGAUGACCAUCUUCGAUUUGGGACAUGCCUUGCAUAUCUGGCGUCGCCAAAUGUGCGUGUGGUUUGCCUUCUAUCGCUCCAAGCAAGUCCAAGCCUUGGUAGGCCCCAAAGCAGUGCCAGAUGUCAAGCCCCCAGGACUUGCAGAUUUGGAUGCCAAGGUGAAAUUGCAGCGAGUCAUUCUGUCCAAUCCUCGAUGCGCUGGUCCAACCUCCACUACGCACAUUCGCUCUGUUCUGAAGUACCACUUUCAGAAGGAGAAAGAGGAAAAACCAGCAAAGUUCGUCUUGGCAGCAGUCAAAGACCUCUUGAAAGUUGGCAUCUUGCAAGAGGUUGACAAGAAGGAAGUGGAAGAACAGGCGCCCAAACUUAAGGACAAGAAAAGCGCCAAGAGCAAGGAGGCCACGCUAAAGAGCGAGCCACGAGGCCCGCCAGGUGGCCACGCUGUCCUGUACUACCAGACAUGUGCCUGGGAGGGCCUUUUGACUAAUUCGGAAGCUCAAGACAUGAUUGCCAAGCUUCAACUGAGUGCCAAUGAUUUCAAGUAG